GCGCUCAGACGCACUGGCAGUAACCUACGUGGGGGACGUGCCGUGCUGCAUCACUUUGGGGGCGCUUGUUUCUGCACAGCCUGCCCGUCAGGGCGCACGGGAGACUGGUUUUUCCCUCAUGUUGCAGAGCCCUCCUUUAGCAGCCAAUCCCCGCGCAGGAAGUGGGCAGGUUUUACUCUGUCACUAGCCCCUGUAUGGAAAAAGCCUCUGCAUCCUUUUGCUUGGCGGGGGGAGCGGAGAAGGAAGCAGUAGCAGCCGCCGCCGCCGCCUUUCUGUAAUUUGGGCGCUUUCCGAGCAAGGGGGGGGAAAAGAGAUCCCUUUAAAUCGUCCCUGUGAGAGUUGUAUCGGUGCUCUGGCUGCCUCAGUAUUCAGCAAAACCCUUCCAUUAUCUUGCUUAAUCAGACAGGAUGAUAGCUGCCCAGCUUCUGGCCUAUUACUUCACAGAAUUAAAGGAUGAUCAGGUCAAAAAGAUUGAUAAAUAUCUGUAUUCCAUGCGACUCUCUGAUGAAACACUGCUGGAUAUUAUGGCUCGCUUCAAGAGAGAGAUGCAAAAUGGUCUUUCUAGAGACUUCAAUCCAACAGCCACAGUAAAAAUGCUUCCUACAUUUGUACGGUCAAUUCCCGAUGGCUCAGAGAAAGGAGAUUUCAUUGCGUUGGAUCUUGGUGGAUCUUAUUUUCGAAUUCUGCGAGUGAAAGUUUCUCAUGAGAAAAAGCAGACCGUACAAAUGGAAACUGAGAUUUAUGAUACACCAGAAGAUAUCAUGCACGGAAGUGGAACACGGCUCUUUGAUCAUGUUGCUGAAUGCCUGGGAGAUUUCAUGGAAAAACAACAAAUCAAAGACAAGAAAUUACCAGUUGGGUUUACAUUUUCUUUCCCGUGUAGACAAUCGAAGUUGGAUGAGGGUAUUCUGAUAACUUGGACAAAACGCUUCAAAGCAAGUGGCGUUGAAGGAGCAGAUGUAGUAAAGCUACUAAACAAGGCAAUCAAGAAACGUGGGGACUAUGAUGCAGACAUCAUGGCUGUUGUAAAUGACACAGUAGGAACAAUGAUGACCUGUGGGUUUGAUGACCAGCGUUGUGAAGUUGGCUUGAUUAUAGGCACUGGCACAAAUGCUUGCUACAUGGAAGAAAUGAGGCACAUUGAUCUGGUGGAAGGUGAUGAGGGGAGGAUGUGCAUUAACACUGAGUGGGGAGCCUUUGGAGAUGAUGGGUCACUAGAAGACAUCAGAACUGAGUUUGACAGGGAGAUUGACCGAGGAUCUCUUAAUCCUGGAAAACAACUGUUCGAGAAGAUGGUUAGUGGAAUGUACAUGGGUGAGCUGGUCAGGCUUAUCCUUGUGAAGAUGGCCAAGGAGGGGCUACUAUUUGAAGGGCGAAUCACUCCAGAGCUUUUAACCAAAGGAAAAUUUGAAACGAAACACGUGUCUGCCAUAGAAAAAAGCAAAGAAGGUCUGAAUAAAGCCAAAGAAAUUUUGACACGUCUUGGGGUAGAACCAUCCCAUGAAGACUGCAUUGCUGUCCAGCACGUCUGUACAAUUGUUACAUUCCGUUCUGCUAAUCUGGUGGCAAGUACUUUGGGUGCAAUUCUAAAUCAACUGCGUGAUAAUAAAGGAGUAACCAGGCUGCGUACCACGGUGGGUGUGGAUGGUUCCCUUUACAAGAUGCAUCCACAAUACUCCAGGCGCUUGCACAAAACGACAAGGCGAUUAGUUCCUGACUCAGAUGUCCGAUUUCUUCUGUCUGAGAGUGGCAGUGGAAAGGGUGCUGCAAUGGUCACAGCAGUAGCAUACAGGCUGUCUGAGCAGCACAGGCUGAUAGAUGAGACUCUGGCUGAAUUCAAGCUUACUCAUGAGCAGCUGUUGCAGGUUAAAAAAAGGAUGCGAACAGAAAUUGAAGCUGGGCUGAGGAAGAAAACUCAUGAAACAGCAAAAGUAAAAAUGCUGCCCACCUUUGUUCGCAGCACACCAGAUGGAACAGAGAAUGGAGAUUUUCUGGCUCUCGAUCUUGGAGGAACAAACUUCAGAGUUUUGCUUGUGAAGAUCCGUAGUGGUAAAAAGAGAACAGUUGAAAUGCACAAUAAAAUAUAUGCUAUUCCUAUAGAAGUCAUGCUGGGUACUGGAGAAGAACUAUUUGAUCACAUUGUUACCUGUAUCUCAGACUUCCUGGAUUACAUGGGAAUAAAAGGCGCACGACUUCCUCUUGGCUUUACAUUUUCCUUCCCUUGCAAGCAGACCAGUUUAGAUGCUGGUAUCCUCCUCAACUGGACCAAAGGCUUUAAAGCUACAGAAUGUGAAGGAGAGGAUGUAGUGUAUUUGCUUAGGGAAGGAAUUAAAAGGAGAGAGGAGUUUGACUUGGACGUGGUGGCAGUGGUGAAUGAUACAGUUGGCACUAUGAUGACUUGUGCAUAUGAAGAUCCGAAUUGUGAAAUAGGACUCAUUGUGGGGACUGGCAGCAAUGCAUGUUACAUGGAGGAAAUGAGAAAUAUAGAGAUGGUUGAGGGAGAUCAAGGACGAAUGUGUGUGAACAUGGAAUGGGGUGCAUUUGGAGACAAUGGAUGCCUGGACGACAUCAGGACCACUUAUGACAAAGCUGUUGAUGAUUAUUCAUUAAAUGCUGGAAAACAAAGGUAUGAGAAAAUGAUUAGUGGAAUGUACCUGGGAGAAAUCGUUCGCAAUAUUUUGAUUGACUUCACUAAAAGAGGAUUCCUAUUUAGAGGUCAAAUUUCAGAGACACUGAAGACCAGAGGUAUCUUUGAAACCAAGUUUCUUUCACAGAUUGAAAGUGACAGGUUAGCAUUGCUUCAGGUACGAGCAAUCCUCCAGCAGCUGGGUUUGAAUGGUACCUGCGAUGACAGUAUAAUUGUAAAGAUGGUUUGUGGAGCAGUAUCAAGGAGAGCAGCUCAAGUGUGUGGAGCUGGAAUGGCUGCUGUGGUAGAUAAAAUACGGGAGAAUAGAGGCGUAGACCACCUGGAAGUAACAGUUGGUGUAGAUGGGACUCUGUAUAAACUACAUCCACACUUUUCAAGAAUCAUGCAUCAGACAGUAAAGGAUCUCGCACCAAAAUGCAAUGUGACAUUCCUUCUUUCAGAAGAUGGUAGCGGGAAAGGGGCAGCUCUCAUUACUGCUGUGGGAUGUAGACUUCGUGAUGCUGAGCAAAACUAAACUCCAGAACACUGGCUUUAAUUCUGCCUUUCGAGCACUUUCUUAUAAAGCAGCGACUCUGUAGUCUGAACUGUUAGAAGGCCAGAAUUCACUGCUUUAUUGAAAAAUACAACUAAUGACAUAAAAA